UGGGUGAAAAAGCUUUGGAGGAGGUUUGCCAAGAGGGGAGGAGAGCAGGCUGGGUCAAAUACUCCAGAGUAAACUUCCCUUCCCCACCUCCCAGUGACGGCCCUAUAAAGCCUCCCCACCUGAAGGUUUUCCUUGCAAGGGAGACCAAGGUUGAGCCUGCUUCACCCACCCCAUCUGACCGAAGACGGACACCCCUCGCUCGCCAUGACCAGCAGCGCAAUGACCGAGCUGGAGAAGGCCAUCGAAACAAUCGUCGACGUCUUUUUCAAGUACUCCACCCGUGAAGGCGACCAAGCCACACUCACCACUGGCGAGUUUAAAGAGUUGGCCACCGCCCAGCUGCCCAACCUUAUGAAGACCCAGAAAUAUCCAAUCAUGCGCGAUCUGGACAAGAACGGCGAUGGGAAAGUCAGUUUCCAGGAGUUCGUGAAGCUGGUGGCCGCCAUACUUAGAACAGGAAACCCUUCCUUUUCGGAGUAAACCUGAGCUUGCCGGUGGCCCUUAGCGGGAACGCAAAGCUCGGGAGUUUUGGGGGGGGCUUCAAGCCCAGCUGUCCCCUUCGCAACGCCUUUUCCCCCGUUUCUCGCGGCUUCUCUGCCCAACUGGGAGCACCCCGAGGUGCCAUGUAAUCGUCUGCUGGGACAGCCCUGCUGUUGAUUAAAGCUGUUUAGUGUGCA